AUGAAGAACGGAGCUGAUGUUUUGAAUGGUAAUGUGGUGGAAAAAGAGUCCACGGAUAACACCUGGAUAAGAAUUUGGAGUGCAAAGAGUGGAAUCAAUGGAGAUGAUAGAGUUGAAGAUGAAGGCUUAAAUGGUGAUCAAAAGGUGGAAGAGUUUGUUUUAGACGUGGAGAACUUGAAAAUUGACGAAGAAAAGGGAGAAUUAGGAAAUGGGUAUAAUAGGAGAUAUGGGAAUCAAAAGGGGAACCAUGGAAGACAGUUUAGGGGGAAAGCUGGUGAAGUUAGGAGAUAUGGGAGAUUUGAAGGAAAUCGAACGAUGAAAGAGCGUGAGAUGAUUGGUAUGAUGUGGCUGAGAAAGGAGGUCCGAUUGGCAGCUGAUUAUCGUGCCCAUCGAGUUGUCUUGUCUGGUAAUAUUGUUUUGAAAAAAGCUCAUUCUAACUUCAUGAGCCCUCCAUAUGGGUGGGCAAAGUUAAAGCAUCGGGUGGAGAAUAAUUGGACGAUAGCCUAA